AUGACUAUUAUCGUAGGUUCAUUAUUCUUACCUUAUCAGCCUCAAUUCGAAUUGAGCAUUUCGCAAGCCGAUGCCUUGGAUGAUUUGAUCGAUCCAAAUCUAGUCAAAGUUUCAACCAAUGUCCCAGAUUUGAUGAAGAAACAGAGAGAGAUGGGCUCGAGAGAAAUUGAGUCGCCAGUUUUCUCAAGAGAACUCUCUCCUGUUCCAACAUCUAACAACAAAGAGUUGACUACUACUUCAUCCACUGGAGUAACAAAUACCAGUAAAGAAUAUCCAAUUUAUAAUGAUGAUAUGGUCUCUUCUAAAGUGUUUAUGGAUAAUUUGACCACACAUGCAAGUGCAUUAGGUUCACCAGUGCACCCUAUCUAUUCGUUAAGUAGAAAUGCUUCUGUUGAUAAGUUUUUCACCUCGAAUACAAAUAUUGCUAUUUCAACCACAAGCAAUAACAUUGAUUCUCAAUUAGAAGAUCAAGUAAUGGAUUCCCCUAAAUCUAUCAAUUCAAUCACUCAACCGAAUCAAAAUGCUAAUCCAAGUAAUCAAGCUCAAGACAUUUCCAAGACUGGAUUCACCCCGGAUUCAACAGCAGCCCUUUUGAAAAAUGUUAAUAAAUCAUUGUUGUACCAAUCAUUAUUUAAAAAUAAUUCCCAAACUUCUCUGGAUUCUUUUACACAUUAUCCUAUCCCUACUUCUUCCAAUUCAGCUGUAAUUACUCCUAAAUCUAAAACUCUUUUAGAUCAUCAUCACUCUACCGUCUUUAAUUAUGGGAAGUCUAAAAAUAAUACCAGUUCCACUUUCCCCUCCGUAAGACGGUUAAAUAAAGCAGCUACUAUUGCAAACACUGGUACUACAACUACAACUUCCCUAAGUUCGACUUCUAAAAUGCACCAGCCUCAACCUCAACAACCUACUAGUUCAACUAUUUUUAAGAAGGAGUUGAAUCGUUCAAUGGAAAGUAUUGUGAGUAGUAAAUACGAGGAAGAAACUACAGUUGGAGGUGCCAACCCUUCAGAUAUUCAAUUAUCAAGUGGCUCGGUAAAAAAUAAGGUACCUAAAUUUGGUGGUUAUUCAAAGAGUGCUAGAUUAAAAGCUUCAGUAUUGAAUAAUUCUCAUGAUAUAUUUAAAAGUAUCCCUUGGAGAAUUGUCACUGCAGUUAAGGGCAAUGGUGGUCUUAAAAACGCUAUUGAAACCGCAGUCAUUGAAGAAACGAUUAUCGAGCCAGUCAAAUGGGUGGGUACUGUUGGUAUACCAACUGAUGAAGUCCCCCAGGAUAUCCUUGAUAAUAUCAUCCAUUCAUUAGAAGAAGAUUAUGAUUCAUAUUCAGUUAUUUCAGAUGAUAUAACUUUUAAAGGUGCUUAUAAAAGUUUCUCAAAACAAAUUUUAUGGCCAACUUUCCAUUAUCAAAUUCCUGAUAAUCCUUUAUCAAAGGCAUUUGAAGAUCAUUCUUGGUCUUAUUAUAAAGAAUUAAAUCAAAAAUUUGCUGAUAAGAUUGUCAAGAUGUAUAAACCUGGUGAUACCAUUUGGAUUCAUGAUUAUCAUUUGAUGUUAGUACCUUUAAUGAUUAGGAAAAAAUUGCCAAAUGCUAAGAUUGGGUUUUUCUUACAUGUUUCAUUCCCAAGUAGUGAAGUCUUUAGAUGUUUAGCCCAAAGAGAUCAAAUCUUAGAAGGUAUUUGUGGUGCCAAUUUUGUAGGUUUCCAAACUAAAGAAUAUGCAAGACAUUUCUUACAAACAACUAAUAGAAUCUUAGUGGCAGAUAUUGGGAAAGACGAAGUUAAAUAUAAUGGCACGAUCAUUAGCGUAAAAUCCACUCCUAUUGGUAUUGAUAUGUUCCAUCUGCAAAGACAAAUGAAAACGGAUAAGACUAUAAAAUGGAGACAAUUGAUCAGAGAAAGAUGGAAUGGUAAAAAAUUAAUUAUCUGUCGUGACCAAUUUGAUAGAGUCCGUGGGUUGAAUGAAAAAAUGUUAGCAUAUGAACGAUUCUUAAAGGAAAAUCCGGAAUGGAUUGAUCGUGUUGUUUUGAUUCAAAUUUGUAUUGGAUAUAGAAAAGAUGAUGAUUUGGAGAAAAAAGUCAUGUUAACUGUAGAUCGUAUUAAUGCAUUAUCUUCAGAUUUAGCUAACUCUCAACAUGUUGUAUUCUUACACCAAGAUUUAGAAUUUGCACAGUACUUAGCUUUAAGUUGUGAAGCUGAUGCAUUUUUAAUUACUGCAUUUAGAGAAGGAAUGAAUCUAACAGCACAGGAAUUUGUUGGUUGUUCUGAAGAAAAAAAUGCCCCGUUACUAUUAUCAGAAUUCACAGGCAGUGCUGAAUUAUUAAAAGAUGGUGCUAUAUUGAUUAAUCCAUGGGCUGUCAAAAGUCUAGCAAAUGCUAUUAAAAGAGGUCUUGAAAUGUCUGAACAAGAAAAGAGAAGAAAUUGGAAAAAAAUGUCUAAAAAUGUCAUAGCUCAUGAUUCUGACCUUUGGGUAACCAAUUCAAUUGAAUUUAUUAAUAAAUCUUGGAACAAUAAUAAAGAAAGAUUAACCAGUUUUUAUUUGAAUUCUUAUAGAAUUAUUGAAAAUUACAAGGAUUCUAAAAAACAUAUGUUUAUUUUGAAACUAUCUCAACCACCAACUUCAAGAGUAUUAGCUAUAUUGAAUGAAUUAAGUAUUCAUAAUAUUGUUUAUGUUAUAAAUUCUUUCUCAAAGGGUACAACCGAAAGUUUAUACAAUCGUGUACUAAACCUUGGUUUAAUUGCAGAAAAUGGGGCAUAUGUCAGACUAAAUGGGUCAUGGUAUAAUAUUGUGGAAAAAGUGGAUUGGAAAAGUGAAGUUGUCAAGAUUUUUGAUGAUAAAGUGGAAAGAUUACCAGGUUCUUAUUAUAAAAUCUCAGAAUCAAUGGUUAGGUUUCAUACAGAAAAUGCUUUAGAUCAAGAGCGUGUGGCUAGUGUCGUUGGUGAAGCAAUGACUCAUAUAAACACCUUGUUUGAUGGUAAGGGAAUACAUGCAUAUUUACAUGAUGAUGUAGUGUUUGUUCAACAAACAGAUUUAGUUCAAUCGGCUGCUAGUUUCUUAUUACAAUUUUAUAAUUCAACUACUGAGGAUAUAGAUAGAACCUCGUUGCCAACUACACCAGCAGCUAUUGGUGGUUUGAAAGAAUUACAAAAUCAACAGCCUCGUACAGAUUAUUUCGAAACCAAGGGAAUAUCACAAUUCCAUGUGGAUUUCCUAUGUGUUACAGGCUCUUCAUCCCCUGUUAGUGAGCCACUUUUCCAAGUUGUCAAGAAGGAAUUAAAUGAAUGUGAUUUGAAAUAUGGGCAUAGUAUUGUUUAUGGUAACUCAACUUCUACAAAUGCAAAAGAACAUGUUGUUGGUUCAAAUGAAUUAUUUACGAUCCUUGACAGAUUGUCGAAAAUUAAAAAGAAUAAACUUGGUAAAUGGAAUAUUUAA